AUGGGCGCUGGCGGCUCCAAGCCCGAGGCCUCGGCCGGGUCAAAACACAUUUUCGAGAGCAACUCCCCAAUCCAGUUCUCCUCCAACCUCGUUGAUGGCCUCCAAUCCAACACCGAAACCGACUCCGCCCGCGCAAAAACCCUCGAACUCGAAAUCCAGGCACGUGUCGCCAAAGAACUUGAGCGCCUCCGCGCUCGCGAACAACAAACCCUCGCCGAAGUCGAGAAGCGUCUUGCGGAAGCCAGGGAUUCUGCUGGCGCCGCUACCUCCGCCGCACCCGUAACAUCAAGCAUCAGCAGCUACCCAGCCGGCUCACUAGAUCUCGAUGCACCCCGGAUCCCGUUUGCGGGCCGUGAGUACACGCCUGCUGCGCCCGCAGCCAUUGAGACUGCAGUCCCCAUCAACCACGACCUGAACCGGGAGUCGGUGAACUCGGAUAUUGAGGAACUGAGGCUUAAGCUUGAAGGACGGAAGAAGCUGGCAGAGUUGGAUGGAAGCGUUGCGAAGGCCCAGGCGGAUGUGGCUAGCUGUUUGAGACUGAAUGACCGACGGCCGCUGGAUUGCUGGCAGGAGGUGCAAAACUUCAAGAGAGAGGUUGCGAAGCUUGAGGAGGGCUUUGUGGAUCGGAUUGUGGGUUGA